CGCGACACGUGCGAGGUGCGUGCAAAGUUUCCUAUUGUAUUGUAUUGUGUGUUGUGAAAAAAGUUUCAAACAUUUUCAGCAUAAAACACAGAAAAUAGAAUACAAUAUAAAGAGAUAUACCAGGAGACACCGACAACGACAACGACACCGUCACCGACACCGACACCUCCCGUACCACAUCGUCAGCAGCUGUCAGAAAGUAAGGUAAAAAAUGCAACGCGAGAAUGGAUACACGAAGGAGGCCACCCUGCAGAACUUGGCCAAACGCGAGCUGGCCAACGGCCUCGACAAGGAUCCAAUUUACAAAUUGCGCCUGCAAUGCUUCAGUCGUGGUGCCACUGGCAUCUUGGGCCUGUCCAGAGUCUUUCGGGUGAUGGAUGAUGACGGCAGCAAGACCCUCAGCCUCGAGGAGUUUAAAAAGGGAAUCUCAGAUGUUGGUCUCGAUGUGAGCGACUCGGAAAUCUCCGAUAUGUUCUCGCGUUUCGAUGCAGAUGGCAGUGGCACCAUCAACAUGACAGAAUUUCUGAACAAGCUUCGUCCACCUAUGAACGAGGGCCGUGUGAGCAUCAUUGAGAAGGCCUUCGACAAGAUGGACGUCAACGAUGAUGGACACAUAACCGAGACAGAUCUGAUGAAUCUCUACUCGGUGAAGGAUCAUCCGAAGUAUUUGAGCGGCGAGAUGAGCAAGUUGGAGAUUCUGCGCGAGUUCCUGAAGAAUUUCGAGGCCGGUGCCCCGAACCCAGAUGGCGUUGUCACCAAGGAGGAGUUCAUCAACUAUUACUCCACUAUUAGCGCCUCGAUCGACAACGACGCCUACUUCGAUCUGGUGAUGCGCCGCGCCUACAAUCUUUGAAUUUUCCGUUUUCAAUGCCAUCCAUUUGCCGUCUUUGAUGCUUGAGGAGUUUGGACUGAGCUCCCGCACACGAAAAUUUCCACUAAAUCCAGUCCCAUAUUGAAAUAUAAUGUACUCCUAAUGUUACUCCA